AGCCAGUGCCAAAAAUUCAUGCGUUUAGCACGUGACAUAUAUGGACUUCCUGGAACUUCAUACACUGUGUUUGUCUAUUAAUUUGUACUUGGUAAUACAGUGCUUCGUAGACAUUCAACACUGUCUUUAUCCUUUUCCAAUACCAGGCAACCAGAACCUUCCUUACCACAACCUUUAAACAUAACUACUACGAUUUAUACGACACAACAGCGACUAGGCCACUACAUCAUCUAACUUGAGAGUGGCCGGCGUGAUGGGGGUAAAUAAGAGAGGCCGGGUGAAGAACUUGACUGCAGGGCGGCCUCCAACCGUCUUGAAACCGAAGUCGAUAUCAAGAAAAGCCACUAGGACAUUAAUUAAUUCUCACCAUGUCUUAGAGAAGAAGAAAGCUCAAGCCGUAGCUAAAGGCGAUAUAGCUACGCAGGCUGCAGUUGAGGCCGAGAUUGCUGUCCUGGGCGGCCUCGAGAAGUACCAGCAAGCCAGCCUUCAAGGUCAGCGCCUUGACCGCGGGGGAGACAGCUCCCGUGUACUUAUGGAAUGGCUUAAGUCGAUGGACCCGAGCCUCACUUCUUCUACGGGAACUCGACUGAGGAUGCUUGAGGUGGGUGCGUUGAGUACUACGAAUGUAUGCUCGAAGAGUGGUGUCUUCGAUAUGGAAAGGAUAGACUUAAACAGUCAAAGCGAUGGCAUUUUACAACAGGACUUUAUGAAAAGACCGCUACCUAAAGAUGAUUCUGAACGGUUCGACAUAAUUAGUCUUUCAUUGGUCCUGAAUUUCGUCCCUGAUGCUAUGGGACGAGGUGAAAUGCUUCUCAGAACUUUGGAAUUUCUAAAGGAGCCUGAUGCAGACAGCUCAUCUCAGCUACGUGAUAUAUUUCCAAGUUUGUUCAUGGUUCUACCAGCUCCAUGCAUCACCAACUCAAGAUACAUGAACGAGGCUCAUAUAGAAUCUAUCAUGAGAGCAUUGGGUUACGUAAAAGCCCAGAGCAAGACCACUCAGAAGCUUGUCUACUACCUUUGGGUCAGGAAAUCGCCGCUCCAAUCGCCUCUUACGACGUUCAAGAAGUUGGAACUUCGAUCUGGCCACUCGAGAAACAACUUCGCCAUCGUGAUUCGCGGCUCAUCAGGGUGACAGCCGGUUUUUCAAUUAACUAACUCUAAGUGCCGUUCACACCCACAAGGCGAGCAAAUGAGACGCAUAGCCACCUAAUCGAUUCGAACAUGUCGACAGAACUUGCGAUGGUGGGUACCGUCGCCGCGCUAAUCUGAUAACGCUCUCGUCGCUUAUUCUUGGGAAGGGGUUGCAGUCUGCGUGCGCUACCACCUCAGGGAGGGCACCUUUCCAUCUAUCUAUCGAGAUCGCCAGUCAGUGGACUCGUGUGGUGCUAGGUCUACCCCGCAGUCAAUCGUCUAUCUACCCGAUAGGCUUGGAUCGAAAUUCGGGUCAGGCGACGUCCGAGCCAUUUGUAUGGGAACCGAUUAAACGGCUUUUGGGGCACUCCGGGUUCCCGUCUAAGGGGAACAGUCGAAAUAUCUGACGAUAUAUUUAUCUGAUGAUUGGUGAUGGAGACGUAUAUCUCACCCACCGCAAGGAUCAAUUGCUAAAGUUCACAAAUAUGCAGCAACUCCCUCGGUCGUAUGUGAUUA